UUGUUUAAAUGUGUUAUGAUCUCUUUCUGCAAAUGCUGUAUUUAUGUUACAGAACUAGGUCUUGCGCAAUUUAUUUUAUUUUAUCUCAGGUUUCCACCUGCAUGUUAGCCUUGAUUUAAUUUACAAGAUUGGCAAAUUACCUGCUAACCAAAUCUUGGCCUGGUAUCGCAGAUUUUCUAGUUGCUUAUCUGACUGUAGCGAUGUUUUACAGGAUAUUUAUACCACUUUUUGCUAAUGCGCAACUUUUAGUGUUAGUUGGAGCACAAUAUUUUACUGAGACAUGCGUGGAGACCAGUCAUAGAAAGAAGUCCACGCAGCUGGAUUGUACCGACGGAAUCAUCUCUGACGUCAGCGUCACUUCCGGCCUGGGAAGGUGUCUGAAUGACGCGGGCAGAUGUUUGGGUAUGACACCAACUGUGAUGGUUGACAGCAUGAAUUGCUACUGGAAUAGUGACUGUCUAAUUAAGUGGCCACGAGACCCAAUUAUCUACACGGAAACUGACAGGACUUGUAUGGGAAGAGUACCUACUUUCAUGAGUAUCAGCUACAAAUGUUUCAAACCGACUGAUAACCAGGAGGAAAAUGGUUUUGUCAAUGAUGUUCAACCUAAAAAACUUCUUAUCGAUAUGUGCAGCGAUGAUGUAGAAGAAUCUGUUUACAAAAGGACAGGGGAUUCGAAAAUGGCCGGUAUCAUCCGAAGCCAUAAACUAUAUCCUUGGGACUAUUCGAAUUCGCGUAGAACAUGUUCAGUAAAUAUAUACUGGCGUUCAAAGCAAAAACAAAAGCUGGUGGUUACCGUUAAGGGCAUAGACCUAAGCGAGAACGACUCACUAACUAUUAGGAACGAAAAACGAGAGGCAGUCAAUGUCACCUCUGAAAGAACAUUUAUUUUCUCUGACGGAACCGUAACAUCCUUCGUCUUCAGUGUUGGAUGGCAGUCAAACAGUGGAAAAGGCUUUCUUCUUUGCUUCAGAUUUAUAUCUGAUGUGGAUAAAACUGUCAAGGAUGAUGCUUGUGAGAGUAUUAUGACGGCUGGUAUAGUAAACAAUGUAGAACCAGACGAUCAAGGUUCUCCUCCAUUCCACCUAGCAACGACGACCACGUCCACGAUAACCACACCUGAAAUCACCACCACUCUACCAAUACCAAAACGUUGUCUAAGGAAGAAAACUGAAAAGAAAAGAUUAAAAUGUGCUAAAAGAAAUAGGAACAAAGGAAGAACUGGCAAGAAGAACAGACCAGGAAGACGGGAUAGACGGAAAAAGGGCAAAAAAGACAGAAGGAAAAGACGUCAUAGCAACCGGAGGCAUAACUGAAAGUCUGAACGACUGGUGGUGUCUUGAACUUUAUGAUGCGGAAUAGUACAUCACUCAUUCAAAUAGAAUAGCAAUGUAUAAAUACUCAUGCACAUGUAUGAUAUAUUAGAGUACAUUAACACCAAAAUGGUGUAUAGAAUAGAUGUAGUUUCGUAAACGUAUAUAUAUAUAUAUAUGAUUUACCUUUAAUAUCCUUUGAAUUGAAAUACUCUUUGAUUUUGCACUUGCAUAUUUGUAGCUGGGGAAGAUGUAUAAUAAAAUUUGUGAAAAGA